AUGGCGUGGCCCCAGAUAGAACCCAGUCCACCGCAUCUGACAAUUCUCCUACUCUCUCUCUUCCUGAUCCUCUAUGCCUUGUUCUCGGACUUGAUCCGUAAUCGACUUCACCUCUCCGAACCACCUCUGGCAACUUUCACUGGCGUCGCCUUCGGUCCUCAUGGUGCAACGGUGCUGGAUCCCACCAACAAAUGGGGGUGGGAAGACAACAUCACUCAAGAACUCACCCGAGUCAUCACCGGGGUUCAAUGUUUCGCUGUGGGCAUUGACUUACCUGCAGCAUACGUGAAGCGACACUGGAAGAGUAUCGCUCUCUUACUUGGUCCUGUCAUGACAGCAAGCUGGAUGAUCGCCGCAGCCGCCGUCUACUAUGUCCUCGACACGACCUGGAUCACAGCCAUGAUAAUCGGAGCAUGUCUCACUCCUACAGACCCCGUCCUUUCGGCCAGUGUCAUUGCUGAAGCGAGAUUUUCCCAGCGAGUACCGAAACGAGUGCGUCAUUUGCUUGCUGCCGAGUCGGGCUGCAACGACGGGACCGCAUUCCCAUUCCUCUACGCAGCCUUGUACGCUACGAUGGCCAGUUCCGCCGCCCAGGGGAUCCGCAAGUGGCUGACAGAUGUGCUGCUGUGGCAGUGUUUGGCAGGAAUAGUGGUUGGGGUUGUGAUCGGGUUGGCUGCCAACAAAGCCUUGCGGUUCAGUGAGGACAAAGGCUAUGUCCAAGAGUCGACAUUGUUCGUGUUCUACUUCCUUCUUGCGCUUUUCUGCAUCGGAGUAGGAAGUUCUUUAGGGCUUGACGACUUUCUGGUGUGUUUCUGCGCAGGCGCGGCAUUCUGUUGGGACGGUUGGUUCUCGGUUCGGACCAAAAACAUGAAGUUGCCUAGCAUCCUUGAUCUGAUGCUGAACUCAACCAUGUUUGUCUACUUCGGGUCCAUGAUACCUUGGGAGCUGUACAGGGACAACCUUUCUGUGGCAAAAAUGACCCUUUGCGUGGUCCUGAUCCUCGUGUUUCGAAGACUACCGGCGAUCCUGGCGAUGAAGGCCUUGAUUCCUGAUAUUCACACAUACCACGAGGCUUUGUUCAUUGGGCACUUUGGUCCGAUGGGAGUCGGGGCACUGUUUCUCGCCAUUGAAUCUCGAGCCCGCUUGGAAACCGGGACGUCAGAACCGUUGCCACAUCCGCCCGAACAUUCGCAUCAUCAAGAGGCCUUGGAGACGGUCUGGCCGGUGGUCUGUUUUGUGGUGUUAUGUUCGAUCGUGAUUCAUGGGUUUUCGCCCUUUGUUAUGAGCAUAGCGGGCCAUUUUUCGCGACAUCCAAAGGAAAGGGCACCUCUGCUUGGGGCGGAGGAAGAGCGACUUUACGGAAUGGGUGGAGGAGAGAACGGACCAGUAGAAGAGAAUGAGUCUGGAGACGACGACACGGAGUUGUGA